GAGCGCACAAACCAGGAAGCCAAUGGCGGAAAUAUAGAUCCACCUCACACUUUCAUUUCACAAUUUUUCGCCAUUUUUGGCUUUUUUUUCUCUCCUGAAUGGAGAAGCCAGAGUUGUAGGCAGCAGAUGUCUUCGGCUUAAAAGCGGUGGACGGUUUUGAAGAAACAAUGUCGUCGCGUUUAAGUGCCUGGCAGAAACUGUAAAGUGAAUGGACGAAUAGGCACCAGCCGAGGUCCUGUGACUGACAGCCUGCAGGAUUAAACACCGACAUAUGGCCCUGCUCCUCAGCUAGCCACGGGAGACGACGACACAACACAAGCAUCAUGUUUCUGAAAACAUCGUUCACCACCCUGAUCGUGGGGGUGUUUGUGGUGUACGUGCUCCACACGUGCUGGGUGAUGUACGGCAUAGUGUACACCAAACCCUGUGACAACCCCAAAGGUGACAACUGUAUCACACCCUUCCUGGCGGGGAACCCGAAACUACAGUUGAGUAUCUACACUGCACUGCGGCCCAAUGCAGAGGGAGGACAUACCCUGAUCCACAAAGAGGAGAACUUUGAUGUCUACAGCAAGUUUGAGAGGAUAGUCAAUGUCUCCCUCCCUAAGAAGACACGCAACAAUGGAACUUUAUAUGCCCUAAUAUUUGUCCAUCAAGCUGGCAUCUCUCCUUGGCAGGAUCCACGACAGGUCCACUUGGUGGCUCAGCUCACCACAUACAUGAUCCCUAAACCACCUGAAAUCUCUUUGAUAUCUGGAGAGGAUCAAACACAGGGUCAGAAAAAAGAAGCCCAGCAGAAGAAAAGCGGUGAUGGUAACCCAGCAGCAGGGGGUAGAACUGGAAGUGGAGCCACAUCCACUUCAGAUCACCCAGUUUCCCACUGGCGAUCCCGCCUGACACUCAACAUUGUCGGCGACCACUUCCUUUUUGACAGAGAAUAUCUGCCAAGUGAUGUCCACAGAUAUCUCAGAGCAUUCCAAAAUGGUAAGAAGAUGGUGUAUCUACCUCUGCUGUUUGUUGAUGAGCUCAGCAACCGGGUCAAGGACCUUGUGGAGAUCAACAGUACCUCCAUGGAGCUCCCUCUGACCAUCUCUUACGAUUCCAUCUCUCUGGGGAGACUACGCUUCUGGAUCCACAUGCAGGAUGCUGUUUACUCUCUGCAGCAGUUUGGCUUCACAGAGAAGGAUGCUGAUGAGAUUAAAGGGAUCUUUGUGGACACUAACCUGUACUUCCUGGCUCUGACCUUCUUUGUAGCUGCCUUCCAUCUUCUCUUCGACUUCCUGGCCUUCAAGAACGACAUCAGCUUCUGGAAGCAGAAGAAAAGCAUGGUGGGAAUGUCAAGCAAAGCAGUGCUGUGGCGAUGUUUCAGCACCAUAGUGAUUUUCCUCUAUUUGUUUGACGAGCAGACCAGCCUGCUUGUCCUCAUACCCGCCGGGAUCGGCUCUAUCAUUGAAGUAUGGAAAGUGAAGAAGGCCUUUAAGAUUCAGGUUUUCUGGAAAGGAGGCAAACCAACAUUCCUGUUUGGGAAAUUAGAUGAAUCCGAGAGGAGAACAGAAGAGUACGAUACUCUGGCCAUGAAGUAUCUGUCAUACCUCCUGUAUCCACUGUGUAUUGGAGGGGCUGUGUAUGCACUAAUAUUCCUACGAUAUAAGAGUUGGUACUCAUGGUUAAUCAACAGUUUAGUGAAUGGUGUAUAUGCCUUUGGCUUCCUCUUCAUGCUUCCUCAACUGUUUGUCAACUAUAAGCUGAAAUCUGUGGCCCACCUGCCCUGGAAAGCCUUCAUGUACAAGGCAUUCAAUACCUUCAUCGACGAUGUGUUUGCCUUCAUCAUCACCAUGCCAACGUCUCACAGACUGGCCUGUUUCAGAGAUGAUGUCGUGUUUCUCAUUUACCUCUACCAGAGAUGGCUCUACCCGGUGGACAAGACAAGAGUAAAUGAAUAUGGGGUUUCUUAUGAAAAGCCCAAAGGAAAAACUCACAAGGACUAGAGGGGAAAGACGGGUUAUUGGCUUCCAUGAUCUGGUAUCUUCAGGUUUUCUCUUCUGUCCACUGUUCUCCACAGACCUAAUCUGGUAUCAACUAAACUGGUUUAAUGGUUUAGGUGGGGUGGGGGGGGGGGGGGGGGGGGGCGUUGUUUCUGGUCAGUUAGUUUUAAAAUGAGCAGGUGCAUCAACAUGCUUGUGGUUUGUGACUUUUUUUCCCGUCCCAUAGUGCUAAGUGUUCAAAGGAAAGAUCAGCUACUGCUUAUCUGGCUUUUGCAGUCCAGUCCAGAGAGACUUUUUUUUUUUUUUGCUUCUUUUAUUUUUUGUUUUGUUUUGCAAUAUGUGACGGAACAGGAGGAUCAAUAAGCUCGAUCUAGAACGCCUUUUUAACUGCCCCAAAAACAAGGGAAAAAAAGUGUUUGUGAUUGGUGUGAAUGGCCGGCACCCUGCUCAGGACCGGAGUCUACAAAAGGUCAGAUACUGCUCAGUUAGAAAUAGUACACUGAUGACUAUAAUAACUUUACUAUUGUAGGUACUGGGGGCAACUUAGAGCCUACUCUUCCCUUUUUUCCAAACAUGAUAUAGGUCCACAGCACCAGUCACAUUCCUUGUCUGUUGUAAUGACUCCGUCCUGUUAAUGUCACUGAUGGUCUAUUUUAUUCUUGGUUUCCAGCUUUGGGUCUCUGCAAAGAAAACUGAUUUGAUUAUGCAAAGAGUAAAAAAAUGAUUCAUUGCAUUUUAAGCUGAAACUGCCUCUUCAGAACCACUGUAAAUAUUGUAUUUUCAGAAUUUUAAUUGCUGCGUCAAGAAGGGAUUAUUAUAAUUUUAAACAUUUUUAUAUUUACAAAUUCCAAUUAACUGACAGAGUACAUUUUGAGAAGAGCCGGGUUCAGACUGCUUUGAGCAACUGAUACUUAGACACAUACAGAAGUUUCCCUGUCGUAAUUAUAGCUUGGAUGUUGGAAGGGAAUGCCAUAUACAAGUUGGAAACUAGUCAUUACGGUAACUCAAAUAGGCAAAACCGGGCAGCACUGAAACAUAGGCGGAUGUAUUGUUAGCUCAUUUAAAUAUUCCUGAUUCAGAAUUUGAGUGCUUUUCUAGAAAUGAUAUGAAAUUAUGUUAAUUAUGUUUGAAUAUUGCUCACUGACAAGGCUGUUAACAGGCACGUAAAAAGUAACAAAAAAUAGACAAAAUUUCAAAUACAUCACCUCCAAUGUUAAGAUUUUUAUUAAUGUACUUUUCACCUAUGCACACAUAAAGUGAUUUGUUGCCGUGGAGACGGGGAUAGGUUGCCUGAUCAUUCCAGAAUCUGUUGAGUUGCACUUUCUGCGUCUCUUGCUCUGUCUGCACGUUACAUGAUACUGACUUUUACCACACCGUAACACACGAGGGUACCACUGAGAGCCACACUGUCCUUUAUAUCCUUUCUAGUUUUGUAGUUUUACCUGUUCGAGUAUUUUUUACAUAUCAGGGCCAAGAAAGUCUGUUAGUGCCAAAUGUGAGAAUGAUUCUUUGAACUGUUUGUGAGCUUCGUAUGUUCACCAUAAACGGUCCAUCUGAUGUUUUUAAAUAGACACUGACAUUGUGGGUUAAGCAGUAAAUGGUAAGACUUGUGGAAAGUAUUACUACAACUGGAUUUACACAGUCACAUUUUGAUUUCUCUGACAUAGUUCUAAUGUAAUGUUUUUUGUUCGUUUUUUUAAUAGACAGCCUACUCCAUGUUCAGAUAUCAGGAUAUAUUAGGUCUGUGCACAUUGGUCCAGCGCAGAGUUUCUUAAUCCUGUAUAAAUGCAGCCAGGAGAGAUGUACCAGAAAUUUGCAUUGAAAUGGUUUUACUUAUUGUAAUGUUUGUGUUUUUGAUUGAGAUUAAAUAAAAAUGACUGACUGAACGUUA